UUACAAUAUUUAAUGUAAAAUUAAAUAUAAAUUCUUAUUUCUUUAAAAUAUAAUCUAAGAAUCACUUUAGAUACUAAAUGCAUGCUUCAAUCAUACAAGGUGUGAGGAGGUUGAAGAAGAAGUGAACAAGAUGAAAUGUGCAGUCAAAGAAAAGGAAAAUGCUUUAAAUAAAGAGAGAGCAGAAUUCAUAAAUAUGAUUUUAGAACUCACAAAUAUAAUAAACAUACAGAAAAGAAGGAUAUGUAAAGUAACUGGUAUAUGUAAUAAACAACAAAAUAACAUACAUGAGAAAGAUAAAAAAUUAUCUCAAAAAAGUAAAUAUAAAGAAAAAAUCAAAUAUAAAAAAUUAAAUUAUGAUUUUAUAUUAAAUUAUGAUUUAAUUUAUAUUAAUAGGAUAUUGAAUUAUCAGAGAUAAAAACAGUAUUGCACUCAAAUAAUUGUACUUUUAAAGAAAUGGAAGAGAAAAUAAAACAUUUGCAACAUUGUUUAUGUGAAGAAAGACAGACUUGUGAUUGUUUAAAACAGGAAUUAGAAACUAGAAAAGAAAAUCAUUUGUCUGAAUUGAGAAUAAAAGAAAAAAUGAUAGAUGAUCAAAAUAAAACAAUCUCAAAACAGAAAAAGUUAUUGCAUGAUAGUGAAGAGAUAGUUCAACAAGUUGCUUCUGAAUUUAAUGAACUUAAAGAUGAAUUACAUAAAGAAAAACAAAAGAAUGAAUCUUUGCAAAUAACAUUAGAUCAGACUGAUAGUAAAUUAAGCAUUUUAUCCCAAUGUGAUCAAUGUAAAAAACUUACAGCUGAAAUAGAUUAUUUGAAAAAAGAAAAACAGAAAGCAAUUGCUAUUGCAAAAUGUGCUUAUCAAAAGCUACAUCAAAAUGUAAAAGAAUAUCAAAAAAAGCUUAUUUGUGAAAGAAAACAGCACAGAUAUAUGCAAUUGAUUAUUGAAAGAAAAGAACAUGAAAUAGGAUGUUUAAGAAAUCAAAUGUGUUACAAUAAUAUGAAAAUUAUUUAAAAAUAAAUAGUUAAUGUAGUAUACACACAAUUAAAUUUAGUUGUAAUUAUGUUGAAAGUUUUUAAAAUAUUCAAUAUAAUUAUAUAUAAAUAAAUACUUGAUAGUAUUUAUGUAUUUCAUAAUAUAUAUAUUCUAUUUUUGACAACUUACAUAUAAAGCAUAAAUAUAGACUUUAUAUUGUAAAUAUGUACAAUAUACGAUGUUGAAUCAA